AUGAGCGCUGCCAAUAAAGAGCCCUUGCACAUGCAAAUCAAUGCUGCAACUCGAACGCGCCCAUCAGCAGCGGAAAGUCCACUUGAAUCCACGACUGUUGAUUAUGCCAAAUAUGUAUCGCAAGGAAAAGGCCUCGAUUCCGUUGCAAGAGUCAGUCCAGACGGACGCAUAUCUUUGCUUUUCGACUUCAAGGAUAGCAAACUACCCGAGAUACCCAAACCCCAGUCACGGAACACCGAAGAAUUCGCCAUAGACCCUAGAGAAUGGCAGGAAUGUCCGAGUAUUAACAUAGUUAUCAUGAUUGUUGGGAGCCGUGGUGAUGUACAACCAUACGUAGCGCUGGGGAAGCAAUUGUUGAAGGAUGGCCAUCGGGUACGGAUCGCAACCCACGAGACAUUCCGCACGUUCGUUGGCGAUGCAGGCUUGGAAUUCUACAGUAUAGGUGGCAAUCCCCAGGAUCUCAUGAGUUAUAUGGUGAAAAAUCCUGGGUUAAUGCCCGGGUUCGAGUCGCUCACCAACGGUGACAUUGCGAAAAAGCGCAAGAUGCUGGCGGAAAUGAUCGAUGGGUGCUGGGAUGCUUGUCAUACGCCUUGUCCUGUCACAGGACGCUCUUUCAUAGCCGAUGCUAUAAUAUCGAACCCACCCACGUUUGCUCAUGUCCACUGUGCGGAGGCCUUGGGCAUUCCACUACUCCUGAGCUUCACUAUGCCAUGGACGGCCACCACGGCCUUCGCUCAUCCCCUAGUCAAUAUCACAAACUCAAAUGCUGGAUUUGGUGUAACAAAUUACCUGAGUUACGCAGCUGCCGAUCUCUUAACAUGGCAAGGAGUUGGUGACAUCAUCAACACUUUUAGAACGUCGAAACUGGGGCUUUCCCCAUUGGGAAUACGAGUAGGGCCAGGAUAUGUCGACCGGCUGAAAAUACCGUGGACAUAUUGUAUGAGUCCUGCGUUGGUCCCGAAGCCGGACGAUUGGAAGAGCAACAUCGAUGUUUCUGGAUUCUAUUUCCUCGACCUGGCCACAAACUACCAACCGUCGCCUGAAUUGUUGGCUUUUCUGUCAGCAGGGGAAACCCCUGUAUACAUUGGGUUCGGAUCCGUUGUAGUUGACGAUCCAGCUGAGAUGACCGAAAUCAUCUUCGAGGCAACAAAACAAGCUGGUGUGCGAGCUCUGGUCUCCUCUGGUUGGGGUGGUCUAGGUGGCAUCUCCGUCCCACCUCACAUAUUCAUACUGGGAAAUGUUCCACAUGAUUGGCUGUUUGACGAAGAGCGCGUGUCUGCCGUCGUGCAUCAUGGCGGUGCUGGAACAACCGCAAUUGGUCUCGCCAAAGGUCGCCCAACAGUAGUCGUGCCUUUCUUUGGCGAUCAAGGAUUCUGGGGAAAUAUGAUCCACAAAGCAGGCGCUGGGCCGAAGCCGAUCCCGCACAAAGAACUCAGCGUUCAUAAACUGCGUGACGCCAUCACCUUCGCUGUCAGCCCUGCCGCCAAAGAAGCUGCGAAGGCCAUGGCACAAAAGAUCUACGAAGAUGACGGCGUACGGAAGGGCGUGGAGAGCUUUUAUAGGCAUCUUCCGUUGUUGAAUAUGAGGUGUGAUCUGGAUCCUUCGCGCGUAGCUAUUUGGUGGUCGGAUGAUCUGUGCUUGAAACUUAGUGCCUUGGCCGCUCAAACGCUAGCUGAUGCGAAAUUAAUAUCCCUACAGACACUCAAAUUACAUCGACCAAAAGAAUACAAAGUCCGAAAGAAAGUCGCCGACCCAAUGACAGGUGCUGGCGGAGCCAACGCUAUGUUCUGGACACUUACCAAUCCAAUGAAAUUUGGAAGUUUCCUCCAAGGACAAGAGACACCGCCUCCGCCAGGUAUUUUGGACGCCAUGGCCACCGUUCACGAUGGACUUCGAAGACAUUCUGCAGAUCAGAGACUAGUGCAAUCUCCUGAAUACUUUCAGGAUUCCAUUCAAAGCGUAUUUGAAACCAACAAGGAAGUAAAAAAAAGUUCUAUAUUCGAGUCGAAGGGUUUCUUAAGAUCCCUUAAAAAUUUACUUCCUGGAUCGAGACCGUCCACUCCCAAAUCUCCCAAAUCCCCAACACCCAAAUCACCCACUCCAAACUCUGGCUCUAGCUUCAAAUCAUUCAUGAUGCCAGUUCAAGGCUCGUGGCGAUUUGGAUUAUCAGCCUCUGGCAAAACGCAAUACCAGCGCCAGCGUCUCACUCGUAUCGCAGAAGGCAGGAAAGCCGUCAAAGCAAGCACGGACGACCAGCGGGCGACGAUUAUCCGAAAGUUCAAGGAGGAGCUGCGUAAUACGCCUGCGAGGCAGAAGGCUUAUCGGGAGGCUGAAGAGAGGGCAACGCAUAGUGGGAGUGUGGAUUACGGGCAUAGCAAGGCGUUGAGCCUUGAUCAGGGAAAGUCUCUGACAAGGCAGAAAGCUGGUUGGGUUGGUGCAGCUUAG